GCAGCGGAGGAGGAGGAGGAGGAGGAAAGCUCGGGCGACAGCCGCCUCCGCGAGCGCCGUGCGCCCAGGCCCGGCUGGCAUGCGAGUCACGUCCGCCCCCUCGGCGCGGCCGCCCCGAGACGCCGGCCCCGCCGAGUGAUGAGAACAGACGUCAAACUGCCUUAUGAAUAUUGAUGCGGAGGCUAGGCUGCUUUCGUAGAGAAGCAGAAGGAAGCAAGAUGGCUGCCCUUUAGGAUUUGUUAGAAAGGAGACACGACUGCAACUGCUGCAUUGCUGCAAGGCUGCGGGACGAGAACGAGGCUGGCCAACAUUCAGCAGCAGACCCUCUUAAGAUUGUUUACUUGCCCUUGUUCCUGUUGAGUGACCACGCUUGGAUGCAGGAGAUGGGCUCAGCAGCAGCCAACAGGCCAUGAUCCAGGAGGAGCAGUGAGGGACAGAGCUGCUGCAUUCACUCGGAGGGCAGCCUUGUGGAUGGCCCCGGAGCAAGCCUGAUGGAACAGGAAAGAACCAGCCAUGUGGAGGGCAACAGACUAAGUCCAUUCCCGACACCAUCUCCUUCUCCCAUUUGCCAGACAGAACCUCUGGCUGUAAAGCUCCAGAAUGGAAGCCCUUUAACAGAGAGACCUUAUGCAGAAGUAAAUGGAGACACCAAGUGGCAGUCUUUCAAAAGUUACUUCGGAAUACCCCCUAUGAAGCGAUACCAGGGUAGCCGUGUGAGUCCAGACUUUAUACAAGAAGGCAGAGGGUAUUCCAAGUGUUUGCAGAAUGGAGGAAUAAAACGCACAGUUAGUGAACCUUCUCUCUCUGGGCUCCAUCAGAACAAGAAAUUGAAACAAGACCAAAAGGCCAAUGGAGAAAGAAAGAACUUCGGGGAAAGUCAAGAAAGAAAUCAAGGCAAAGGCAGCAGUCAACCAAAUGUCUCCGAUUUGAAUGAUAAGAGAGAAUCUGUGAGCUCUGUGGCCCCAGAAAAUGCAGUAAAAGAGUUCACCAGUUUUCCAGCACAUAACUCAAGUGGGUCUGAAAAUCCAGAGCAUCAGAUUCUGAAUGAGCAGGAGGGGAAAAAUGCUAACUACCAUGACAAGAACAUUGUAUUACUUCUUAAAAACAAGUCAGUGCUAAUGCCUAAUGGUGCUACAGUUUCUGCCUCUUCCAUGGAAAACACACAUGAUGAACUCCUGGAAAAGACACUGUUUCAAUAUUAUCCAGGUUGUGUUUCCAUUGCGGUGCAGAAAACCACAUCUCACAUACAUGCCAUUAACAGUCAGGCUACUAAUGAGUUGUCCUGUGAGGUCACUCACCCAUUGCAUACCUCAGGGCAGAUCAAUUUGCCGCAGACCUCGAACUCUGAGCUGCCUCCAGAGCCAGCGGCAGUGGUGACGGAGGCCUGUGCUGCUGGUAACGUCAGUAAACCAGCUGCAGUGCUAGGGACCUGUUCCUUUCAGAAACCAGAACAACAAAAAUCAGUUUUUGAGAUAUGCCCAUCUCCUGCAGAAAACAGUAACAUCCAAGGAACCAUAAAGGUAGUAUCUGGUGAAGAAUUCUGUUCAGGUUCCAGCAGCAAUUUGCAGGCUCCUGGUGGCAGCUCUGAGCGAUAUUUCAAGCAAAACGAAAUGAAUGGUGCUUACUUCAAGCAGACCUCAGUGUUCACUAAGGAUUCCUUUCCUGCCGCCAUCACACCACCACCAUCACAAUUGCAUCCUUCUCCCCUCCCUCCCCUCCCAGAGGCUCCUCAGCUUCCUUCAGAAGGAAAAAGCACUCUGAACGAUGGCGUUUCAGAAGAACACCAUCACUACUCCAACCAAAGUAAUACAGCUCUUUUAAGGGAGGUGAAAAUAGAGGCCCAACCCGAGGCACCACCACCCCCGAGUCCUAAUCCAUUGACACAUGUGUCCAGCCGCUCCCUGGCACUUCCAGAAAGGCUUCGGAAUAAUUGUGUUAAUAAGGAUGACAUACGGACUCCAGGGACAGUAACGGUUCCAGCGUGUCCUGAGAAAACAAGGCACAUAGCAGAACAUCUCAAGCCUAGCCCACCAAUUCUUGCUCGCAGUGGAGUUCCACAGGACCACUUCCAGCAGUUGAUGGGGCACAAAGAGCAAGAGAUUCUGAAGGGUCAAGACAGGGAACCAACACAAGAUCUUGUGCUCCCAACACAGCCCUUCCUGAAACCAGGAUGGAUUGAAUUGAAGGCCCCUCACUUUCAUCAUCAAGCAGAAUCCUAUCUAAAAUAUAAUAAAUCAUCACUGCGGUCAAUUCUUCAGUAUCAGUCCAACUCCUCCAAUCAAAUGACCUCCAAACAAUACACUGGAAGUUCCAACGUGCCUGGGGGGCUCCCGGGACAAGCUCACAUCCAGAAGAUGGUGCAGCCAGAGCAGGGGCCGCAAAGGUACCAAGUCGAGAUGAAUCAAGGGCAGUCUCAAGGUACGGUGGACCAGCAUCUCCAGUGCCAGAAACCCUCACUCCAGGUGCACUUCUCCAAGACAGACCCUUCACCCGAAACUCACGUGCAGUUCCUGUGCACCCCUAGGUUUCAUUUUCAGCAAAGGCCAGAUUCCCAAACUGAGAAACGCAUGCCCUCGUCUUUAAAGCCACACUUGAAUCAACAGGCUUCAGAGACUGAGCCAUUCUCAAAUUCUCACCUUUUGCAACAUAAACCUCAUAAGCAGGCAGCACAGACACCCCAGAUUUCACAUCUCCCUCAAAACCAGCAGCAGCAAAAAUUACACAUGAAGAAUAAAGAACAAAUGCCCCAUGUAUUUUCCCACCCCCAAGGCAACAAUGCUCAGCAAAGAGAAGGAUCACUCUUUAGCCAAAUUAAAGUGGAAGAAUGCUUUCACGGUGAAAAUCAGUAUUCAAAAUCAAGAGAGUUUCAAACUCAUAAUACUCAAAUGGGGUUGGAACAUAUACAGAACGUGAAUAGCAGAAAUUCCCCCUAUCGUCAGAUCUUGAAAUCAAAUGCAAGCAAAGUACAGAUUUCUUCUUCCAACAAUACUCACCUAGCUUCAGAGACUACAGAACAGACUAUAAAUUCAGAACUUUUUGCAGGACACAAGACCCCAAACUUGCAUCACAUGCAGUUUUUUCCAAAUAAUGUGACCCCAAAGCAAGAUGCUCUUCACAGGUGCUUUCAAGAACAGGAACAGAAGCCUCAACAAGUUUCAGUUCUACAGGGAUACAAAAGUACAAACCAAGAUAUUUCUGGUCAACAAGCUGCACAACUUGCUCAGCAAAGGUACCUGAUACACAACCAAGCAAAUGCUUUCCCGGUACCUGACCAAGGAGGAAGUCAUAUUCAGACCCCUCCCCAAAAGGACAUUCAAAAGCAUGCUGCUCUAAGGUGGCACCUCUUACAGAGGCAAGAACAGCAGCAAACCCAACAAUCCCAAACUGAGUCUUGCCAUAAUCAGGCACACAGGCCAAUUAAGGUUGAACCUGGAUGCAGGCCCCAUGCCUGUAUGCACCCCAAGUCAGCACAGCCAGAAAACAGAACAUGGAAAAAAAUAAGCAAGCAAGAGAUUCCACCUCCAAUCUGCGAUAAUGUGCAGCAGAGGAGCAUUCUUGAGACCAUGGAGCAACAUCUGAAGCAGUUUCAGGUCAAAUCGUUAUUUGACCAUAAGGCUCUUACUCUCAAAUCACAGAAGCAAGUAAAAGUUGAAAUGUCAGGGCCAGUCACAGUUUUAACUAGACAAACCACUGCUGCAGAACUCGAUAGCCACACCCCAGCUGUAGAGCAGCAGGCAACUCCCUCUUCAGAAAAGACACCAACCAAAAGAACAGCUGGUUCUGUUCUCAAUAAUUUUUUAGAGUCACCUUCCAAAUUACUAGAUACUCCUAUAAAAAAUUUAUUGGAUACACCUGUCAAGACUCAAUAUGAUUUCCCAUCAUGCAGAUGUGUAGAGCAAAUUAUUGAAAAAGAUGAAGGUCCUUUUUAUACCCAUCUAGGAGCAGGUCCUAAUGUGGCAGCUAUUAGAGAAAUCAUGGAAGAAAGGUUUGGACAGAAGGGUAAAGCUAUUAGGAUUGAAAGAGUCAUCUAUACUGGUAAAGAAGGCAAAAGUUCUCAGGGAUGUCCUAUUGCCAAAUGGGUGGUGCGCAGAAGCUGCAGUGAGGAGAAGCUGCUGUGCUUGGUGCGGGAGCGAGCCGGCCACACCUGUGAGGCUGCCGUGAUUGUGAUUCUCAUCCUGGUGUGGGAAGGAAUCCCCCUGUCUCUGGCUGAUAAACUCUACUCAGAGCUCACUGAGACGCUGCGCAAAUACGGCACGCUCACCAACCGUCGGUGUGCCCUGAAUGAAGAGAGAACCUGUGCCUGUCAAGGGCUGGACCCAGAGACCUGUGGUGCCUCCUUUUCUUUUGGUUGUUCAUGGAGCAUGUACUACAAUGGAUGUAAGUUUGCCAGAAGCAAGAUACCAAGAAAAUUUAAGCUGCUUGGGGAUGACCCAAAAGAGGAAGAAAAACUGGAGUCUCAUUUACAAAACCUGUCCACUCUCAUGGCACCGACAUACAAGAAACUUGCACCUGAUGCAUAUAAUAAUCAGAUUGAAUAUGAACACAGAGCACCAGAGUGCCGCCUGGGUCUGAAGGAAGGCCGCCCGUUCUCAGGGGUCACUGCCUGUUUGGACUUCUGUGCUCAUGCCCACAGAGACUUGCACAACAUGCAGAAUGGCAGCACAUUGGUCUGCACCCUCACUAGAGAAGACAAUCGAGAAAUUGGAGGAAAACCUGAGGAUGAGCAGCUCCACGUUCUGCCACUCUACAAAGUGUCUGAUGUGGAUGAGUUUGGGAGUGUAGAAGCUCAGGAGGAGAAAAAACGAAAUGGUGCUAUUCAGGUACUGAGUUCCUUUCGGCGGAAAGUCAGGAUGCUAGCAGAACCAGUGAAGACAUGCCGACAAAGGAAACUAGAAGCCAAGAAAGCUGCGGCUGAAAAGCUUCUCUCUCUGGAAAGCAACGCAAAUAAGAACGAAAAGGACAAGUCAGCCCCAUCUCGUAUAAAACAGACUGAAAGUGCAACGCAGGCUAAACAGUUGGCAGGACCAGUCAUGCAGCAGCCCCAGCCGCCUCAGCCGCCCCAGCCGCCCCAGCCACAACCCCAACAACUACAGAAGCCACCUCCACAGCUACAGAAGCAGCCGCAGCUGCUGCAGCCACAGCCGCAGCCGCAGCCGCAGCCGCAGCAACCCCAGCAGCCGCCGCCACCCCAGCCGCCGCCGCCGCCGCCGCCGCCGCCACCACCACCGCCACCGCCGCCGCCACUGCCACAUCAUCCCUUGACUAUUAACCCGCAGUCAGAGGCUGUCAAUUCUUACUCUUCUUCUGGAUCCACCAAUGUAUAUAUGAGACGGCCCAACCCAGUUAGUCCUUAUCCAAGCUCUUCACAUGUAGGCACCAACUGUAUGAACUUCUAUUCCACCUCAUCCCAAACUGCGGGUUCAUAUUUGAAUCCGUCUAACCCCAUGAGCUCCUACCCUGGGCUUUUAAAUCAAAAUAACCAAUAUCCAUCAUACCAGUGCAAUGGAAAUGUAUCAGUGGACAACUGCUCCCGGUAUCUGGGUUCUUAUUCUCCCCAGCCCAUGGAUCUAUAUAGGUAUCCAAACCAAGACCCUCUCUCUAAGCUGAAUCUACCACCCAUCCAUACACUUUACCAAUCAAGGUUUGGAAAUUGCCAGAGUUUUACUUCUAAGUACUUAGGUUACGGAAACCAAAAUAUGCAGGGAGAUACCUUCAGCAGUUGUACUCUUAGGCCAAAUAUACACCAUGUAGGGACAUUUCCUCCUUAUUCCACACAUGAGAUGGACGGUCACUUCAUGGGAGUUGCCGCUAGAUUGCCACCCAACAUGAGCAAUCCAAACAUAGACUAUAAAAAUGGUGAACAUCACCCGUCCUCUCAUAUCAUGCAUAACUACAGUGCAGCUCCAGGCAUGUUCAACAGCUCUCUCCAUGCCCUGCAUCUCCAAAACAAGGAGACGGAUAUGCUUUCCCACACAGCCAAUGGGUUAUCUAAGAUGCUUCCUGGUCUUAACCAUAAUAGAACUGCUUCUGUCCAAGAAGGCAUAUACAAAUUCCAUGACGUGGGCAGUCAGGAAAAGCAGCCUUCUACCGCAGAGGAAAACGAUGAGGUCUGGUCAGACAGCGAGCAGAGCUUUCUGGACCCUGACAUUGGGGGAGUGGCUGUGGCUCCAACUCAUGGGUCAAUUCUCAUUGAGUGUGCAAAGCGUGAGCUUCAUGCCACAACCCCUUUAAAGAAUCCCAACAGGAAUCACCCCACUAGGAUAUCUCUUGUCUUUUACCAGCACAAGAGCAUGAAUGAGCCAAAACAUGGCUUGGCACUCUGGGAAGCCAAAAUGGCCGAAAAAGCACGCGAGAAAGAAGAGGAGUGUGAAAAGUACGGCCCGGACUAUGUGCCUCAGAAAACUCAUGGCAAGAAAGUAAAACGAGAGCCCCAUGAGCUGCACGAACCUUCCGAGCCCACUUACCUGCGCUUCAUCAAGUCCCUUGCCGAAAGGACCAUGUCCGUGACCACAGACUCCACAGUGACUACAUCUCCAUACGCCUUCACUCGGGUCACAGGGCCUUAUAACAGAUAUGUAUGAUGCCGCCCCUUGUGUUGGUUACCUCAUUUGACAAGACCACAACCAACCUGUCCAUAGUGUAGUUCUCAUGACAUGGGCAGUGGGGAAAGGAUACAGUAUUCAUGACAAACGUGGUGGGAAGAACCUCAGCUCACCAGCAGAAAAAGAGGUCAUCUCCCCAUAGCACUUAAUUUCCACUGACUCCUCAGUGGUCACAGAUGGCGCCUGGGCAAAAGACCAAAGCAUUCUAUGCAAAAAGAAGGUGGGGAAGAAGCUGUUCCACAACUUACAUUUUUAAACACUGGUUCUAUUACUGGACGAGAUGAUAUGUAAAUGUAACUUUCUUCCCCUUACAACUCUACACAUCUGUGACCACUUUUAAUAAUACCAAGUUUGCAUAGUCAUGACACAAAUCAAACAAGUACUGUAGUAUUACAGUGGCAGGACUCUUAAAUACCAUCUGGUGCUGAACAUACAAUGUACUGAAAUACUGGAAUUACUGCUUUUUAACAUGCAGUUUUUACUGUAAUCUUAAUAUUAACUUUUAUUUAUCAAAAUAGUUCCAUGAAACAAAUGAAUAGACAGCAAAACACUGAAUUUGUUCGGAUAUUCUAAGAAAUGGUGCUAAGAAAAUGGUGUCUUUAACAUUUAAAAAUUGAAUGCCUUUAUAUCAUCAAGAUGCUAUCAGUGUGCUCCAGUGCCCUUCCAUAAUAGGGGUACCUUUUCAUUCAAGUUUUUAUCAUAAUUACCUAUUCUUACACAGCUGUUUUUAAAAUGUGGACAUUUUAAAGGCCCCUGGAUUUUGUUCCAGUGAAGUCCUUGUAGGACAAUAAACGUAUAUAUGUACAUAUAUACACACACAUAUGUAUAUGUGCACACACAUGUAUAUGUAUAAAUAUUUUAAAUGGUGUCUUAGAAGCACUUUGCCUACCUAAGCUUUGACAACUUGAACAAUGCUAAGGUACUGAGACAUUUUUGAAAAAGUUUACUUUCCUUUUAAAAUUCAAAGUGGAUCUUUUUUAAGGAAAGGAAAGCUUUUAAAAUAUUUUUGCUUUUAUCCAUGCCUCUGCUGAUGAGCAAUGUGUCCAUUUUCCAUACAGCCAGUUAAAUCCAAAAGGGGGCUUACUGGAUUUAAAGGAAUACAUUGGUCUAUAAAACAUGUUUUCUGGUGCUCAUCUCACAUGCUAUACUGUAAAAGUUUUAUACAAAAUUGUAUGACAAGUUCAUCGCUCAAAUACGUAGUUUUAAGAAUUUUCUAUCAACUGCAGUAAUAAUGAACUGCAUGCCACAGACUCAACCAAGCUGUUCAAUGACGCAAAGCGAUUUUAUGGAUCUAUGUGCUCUUCAGCGAGCUGAAUGUCAGUCUGCCUUUUUGUUGAUAAUUGUACAUUGUGAUGUUGUCAUUUCUUAGCUUAAGUGUCCUCUGUACCAGGAAGACCGAGCAGACUGAUGCCUGCAUAAGAUGAAUAAACAGGGUUAGUUCCAUGGGAAUCUGUUAAUUACAAGGAAAAAAAAACAGGCAGCUAGUUUGCUGUGGUGGUUUUAAAUGAGUAAUUUGUAUAAAGAAGAAGUCAAAGAGAUGUAUAGUAAGUAAAUUAAUUGUAAACAAAACUUUUUUAACACAAUGCUUUAGUAUUUUAGUACUGUAAAAAUUAAAUAUAUACAUAUAGAUAUAUAUAGAUAUAUAUAUAUAUAUAUGGAUUUGAAGCAGAAUUCACAUCAUGAUGGUGCUACUCAGCCUGCUACAGAUAUAUUAUAAUGUGAGCUAAAGAUUCAUUAAAGGCUUGAGUGAUGUUCCUACUUGUCAUAUACCUCAACACUAGUUUGGCAAUAGGAUAUUGAACUGAGAGUGAAAGCUUAUAGCAUCGUGUACCAUCAUUUUUUUUCCAAGACUUUCUUUUUUAUUAUUAAAAAGCAUAACUUCUUUUCAAUACUUGAUUUCUUAGCAAGUAUAACUUGAACGUCAACCUUUUUGUUCUAAAAAUCAGGGAUAUUUCAGCUCAUGUUCUCCUUCUGCCAACAUGUCACCUGUGUUUAUGUAAAAUUGUUGUAGGUUAAUAAAUAUCUUCUUUUUCAGGGAUUUAACCUUUUUAUUUUGAAUCCCUCCUAUUUUGCUUGUAUAUGUCCUAAUGUAACUAAAACUAAUUUUAUAAAUCUGUUGACUCUUUUUAUUGUAAAGAAAAGCAUUUUUAAAGUUUGGGGAAUAUUUUGGCUGUGUCAAGCAGGAAAAAAAUUACAUGAAAAUAGAAUGCACUGAGUUGAUAAAGGGAAAAUUGUAAGGCAGGAGUUUGGCAAGUGUCUGCUGGCUAGAGUCUUUCAACUCUCUAAAUAAAGAUGUUUUGGUCCUGUAAUCAGGACAGGUACAGAUCCAUAAGGACUUCCCCAAAAAGGCAGAACACUUAGGUGUAUGGUGUCCCCUCAGCUGUAACAAUUACAUUUUGAUCUAAGUACAUUUUUUGCUUACUAAUAUUACAAAUAAAUUCUUAAUCAAAUGAAGACUUUGAGUUUUAUUGGUCAAAUCUUUCUUUAUAACAUGGCUUCUGGCUUUAAAAACUUUCUCUAGUUUCUGUCUGUGACCAGUUUGCAAUCAUCUCAAAACAUUUGUGUAUGUUAAACCACAUGAUUUUAGUAUUUUGCAUAUACUGUAUAUCUAACCCCAAAUAUUUGGCUACUAUGUGCACAUUUGUUGGUUUUGAAUCAGCCAUCCCUAUAUGAAUAUUUGAUUUUUAUAGUACCCACUGUCACUUGUCAAACUGCUGGCCAGCAAGAGCAGGAAGUAUAGUUACGGGGGUUGGGGAGAGGUUAGGUAGUGAGAAGAAGUUAAGUGGCAUAUUGUAAAUAUCAGAUCUAUAAUUGUAAAUAUAAAACCUGCCUCAGAAUGAAUGGAAAGCAGAUCUCCUAUUUGCUUAUAUAGGAAUAUCAGGUUGACUAUGUAGCCAUACUUGAAAAUGCUUCUGAGUGGUGUCAACUUUACUUGAAUGAUUUUUUCAUCUUGAUUGACGCACAGUGAUGUACAGUUCACUUCUAAAGCUAGUGGUCAACUUGUGUAGGAAACUUUUGCAGUUUGACACUAAGAUAAUGAGCUCUGUGUGCAUUUUUCUAUGCUUUUCUAAAAACUUAGUUUCAUUUCAUUUUCAUGAGAUGUUGGGUUGUCUAUAAAAUCUGAGGAUGGUUAUAAAUACUGUAAGUAUUGUAAUGUUAUGAAUGCAAGUUAUUUCAAAGUGUUUAUUAUUAUAUCAUUCCUGAUAACGCUA